AUGGAUAAGGCGUUAAAAUGGAAGUUAGUGGAGGAUCCCACUGGACCUCAUCCUCGUCCAAGACAUGGCCAUCGUGCAGUAAUUAUCAAGGACUUAAUGGUUGUUUUUGGCGGCGGAAAUGAAGGAAUGUGUGACCAUAUUUUUGUUUUUAAUACAGCAACAAAUCAGUGGUUUGUUCCAAUCACUAAAGGUGAUGUACCGCCAAGAUGUGCCGCAUUUGGUUUCGUGGCAGAUGGAACAAGGUUAUUAGUUUUUGGUGGCGUGGAAGAAUAUGGCAAAUACAGCAAUGAACUUUAUGAGUUACAGGUCACUAAAUGGGAAUGGAAGAGGCUGAAACCAAAAGGAACAAAAAUUGGUCAUUUACCUUGCCCUAGAUUAGGACAUAGUUUCACUCUAGUAAAUUCAAAAGUGUACCUAUUUGGUGGAUUAACAAAUUAUAGAACAGAUCGCAAAAAAUUCCUUCCAAGACAUUUGAAUGAUCUUUACAUAUUAGAUAUUAGAAGUAACCCUAUGCAGUGGGAUUUUCCCCAAACCAAUUGGACUGGUCCCACCCCAAGAGAAUCUCAUACUGGGAUAGGAUAUGUUAAUAAAAAACAGGAUUCCUUUUUAAUUAUAUAUGGAGGUAUGAAUGGACGCAGGUUAGGAGAUUUGUGGUUUCUGCAAACAGAAACAAUGACUUGGAUGCAACCACAAGUUUUUGGUCUUGCACCCCUGCCUAGAUCUCUACACACCUCUACAUUAAUUGGCCAUAGAAUGUUUGUUUUUGGAGGAUGGGUUCCUGCUGUCCCGUCAAAAGAUGAAAAUGCUAUCGAAACGACCUGGAAGUGUACAAGAACCUUGGCAUGCCUUAAUUUAGAAACUAUGAGCUGGGACGAAUUGAAUAUUCAAAAAGAAUCUGAACUUGAUCUACCUUGUCCCAGAGCAGGGCAUUGUGCAGUGGGAAUUAGUACACGGCUCUAUAUUUGGUCUGGUCGGGAUGGAUAUAAAAAAAUCGGUAAAAAUCAGGUAUGCUGCAAAGAUUUAUGGUAUAUAGAUGUAGAUAAACCUCCUGCUCCUGGUCGUGUAUCUUUAGUUAAAGCAGGAACACACAACCUUGAAGUUAAUUGGACAGGAGCAAUAUCUGUACAUACAUACAUCUUACAGAUACAAAAGUGUGAGAUCCACCCACUUACUGAAUCAAAAAUCCCAGCGACCUCCACAGCUUUGGUCUCGUCAUUUUUGACUCCAAAAACAACCGCUGCUUCCGUUCAAAAUAGUAUUACUACAAAUGACAUGACGUCAGUGAACUUGACAAAAGGCUGUAAUAUCGUACAGGCAAAAACAUUGGCAAAUGUUUUACCUCAAACACGCAAGCAUUCCAUUGUAAAAAUUUCACCUAUUUCGCCAGCCAAUAAAUCUCUACAGACUAUAAAAGCGAUACCACACCAAAUAAACACAGGAUCGGGGAAAUUAAUGGCUUUCAAACCUUUCAAAACGACAAGAAAAAUUGCUACAAUUGGUAAUCAAGGUACUUCAAGAAUUGCUCAACCCGAUAAAUAUACAGCUAAUUCAUUUUCAAGGGUAAUGGUAACAUCUGGGACUGCUAAUCUAUUAAAAAGUACAAUCCAAAAAUAUGAUCCAUCCCACUCUGUUGCACCCCCAAUCCCAGCAACCACAACAGCGGUAGUCUCAUCAUUCAUGACUUUAUCAGGAACAAUCGUUCCAGUUCAAACUCGAUCUUAUACUUCACCCUCAGAUUUGAUAACCAAAGAAGUUGAAGAGAGCUUAGAUUCAAAAAUAAUACCUGAAUGUGAAACAAAAUCAGAAGAUGACGCAAGACCGGAAAAAAUAAAAAAAACUGAGGACAAUGUAGAAGUUGAUGCAGCAACAAACUUUACCGUGAAAUUAGAAACUGAAGAAAGGUCAGAUAUGAAAGACAAAUUGGAAUCUGAAGUAAAAUUUGACAGUAACGAGCAACCAUAUGAUACAAGAUCUCUAGAAGAAAAUCAAACAAAUUUAGGCGUAGAUAUAACUCCAAAACAAGGUGUGGAGAGUAAAAGAGAGUCGCAUAUAGGAGAGAACAGUUUUGAUAAUACAGGAGAAAGUGAAACAUGUAAAAAUAUGGAAUCAGUGGUUGAUCCAAGUAAUCUCAAAGAUCAUAAUCAGAAUAUUAAAAUUUUAAAACAAGAUGAUAUAACUUCCGAAUUUAGAAACGUAUCAGUUACUGCUAAUGAUGAUCCGUUAGCUACAUUAGCUUCUGUUGCUUUGGAUCAUUAUGAAGAGUUAAAACGGGCUGAAAAGAGUGCCCAGGAGCCUGUACAUCCUCUUAAAGACAUUUGGUAUACUGUUCGCAUCAUUAGGGGUAAUAGUUGUGAUGUGCGGAAUUAUUUUUUGUUAAAUGACGAGGACGCUGAUCUGACCUUGGACACUUUGCCUUAUACCGUACCUUAUCCUUCAGGCUUUAGUCUUGAACCCGGUACUGCCUACAAGUUUAGAGUCGCUGCUAUCAACUUCUUAGGUCGAAGUGAUUGGAGUGAGGUAUCAGAAUAUAAAACUUGUUUAUCGGGAGUCCCAGGUGCUCCAUCUACAAUAAAAAUAAGCAAAUUAGUUGACGGCGCAAAUCUCUCUUGGGAACCUCCUAGUGGAAACCAAGGAGAAAUAUUGGAAUACUCGGUUUAUUUGGCUGUGAGAGCAAAGUAUAAGGUUAAUACUAGUCCUGGUCAACUCGCCUUUAUACGGGUUUACUGUGGCCCCGACAAUAAGUGCAUUAUAAGUAAUUCAUCUUUGUCCGCUGCCUACAUAGACAAAACGACUAAAACAGCAAUAAUACUUCGUAUUGCUGCUAAGAAUGAAAAAGGUUACGGACAUGCCAAGGAGGUUAGGUGGUUGCAAGAUCCAUCGUCCAAAUCAAAACGCCUUGCAGAAUCCCAACCAGUAGCAAUUAAGAAAGUAAAGAAUGGUAAGGAAGGAAUGUAA